GUUCAUACAAGAUGAAUAAUGGUUGACGCAACAACACGCAUCACCAGCAGAAAGCGUUUCUCGUGGUCGCCGUCCAUGUAGACAGCAAGACGAGAGGCGGAGGAGCUGGUGUGCUGCUGCGUUUAGAAAAUGGCUGACAGAUUUUCUAGGUUUAACGAAGAGCGUGAUUUCCAGGGUGGAAAUAGCUUUGACCAUUAUGAGGAGGGCCAGUUGGAGCUGGAGCAGGCGUCCCUGGACAAGCCCAUCGAAUCGGAUAACAUCGGACAUCGGCUGCUUGAGAAACAUGGCUGGAAGUCGGGGCAAGGCCUGGGAAAAACCAUGCAGGGACGCACUGACCCUGUGCCCAUCACCCUCAAACAAGAUGUCAUGGGGAUGGGACGCAUGGAGAUGGAGCUUGACUAUGCAGAGGAUGCCACGGAGAAGCGGAGAGUCCUUGAGGUGGAGAAGGAGGACACAGAGGAGCUCCGACAGAAGUACAAGGACCAGGUGGAGAAGGAAAAAGCCAUAGCCAAAGCUCUGGAGGAACUGAGAGCCAACUUCUACUGUGAACUGUGCGACAAGCAGUACACCAAACACCAGGAGUUUGACAACCACAUCAACUCCUACGACCACGCUCACAAGCAGAGGCUUAAAGAGCUCAAACAGAGAGAGUUUGCACGGAAUGUGUCCUCUCGCUCCCGGAAGGGAGGGAAGAAGCAUGAGAAGAUGCUGCGGAGGCUGCAUGAGCUGGCCGAGCAGCGGAAACAACAGGACCGCACCCCGGGAAGCGGCCCCAUGUUCAAGCCCACCACGGUGGAGGUGGACGGCGAGUCGAUGGAGGACGGCGACAGCCCGCCCGCCGAGACCCCGUUCGCCCCGGUCGAGUGCCCGCCCGUCGAGGCGCCCCCCGCCCCGGCGGAGCCCAGCGCCCGGCAGGCCUCGCCCCAGCCCCCCGCCGCCGCCGCGCCCGCCGUCAGCUUCUCCCUGGGCAAGCGGAGCGCCUCCUCGCCCCCGUCGGCGGCCGCCGCCUCCAAGGUCAGCGUGUCCUUCUCCUUCGCCAAGAAGGCGCCCGUGAAGCUGGUCACCGCGGCGGUGGUGUUCUCGGACCACGGCGAGGAGGCGGCGGAGGACGAGGACGAGGACGGCGACAGCCAGCAGGGCGACAAGGCGGGCGCCCAGGAGGAGGCGGCGUCCACCAGCGGCACGGACAGCCCCAAGGGGGGGACAGGGGACGGGGGGGGAGGGGAGGGCGGAGGAGGGGGAGGGGGCGGCGCCAACGAGGGGCCGGAGGCGGCCGCGGCGGUGACGGGGCCGGAGGCGGCCGUGGCGGCGACGGAGGAGGAGGCGUCGCAGCCGCAGGACGACGGCGCCGCCCUGGCAGCCACGCUGAACAAGCUGAAGAUGAUGAUGAGGAGGGAGGAAGGCUACGCCGGCCAGGAGCCCCAGUACUACCAUUACACGCCGCCCACCCACUGCCGCGUGAAGCCCCGCUUCCAGUUCCUGCUCUUCAUGAGGGCCACGGACCAGUGUGAACUCAAGGCCGGGGACUACGAAGAGGGGGAGAAGGAGGCGGCGGCAGAGGAGCAGGGGCCUGAGGAGAAGAAGAAGAAGAAGGAGACGGUGAAGGAUAGUCCCACCGGGCCGGUCACCGCAGAGUCCAGCCCUGCAGGGUGCAAGCAGGAGAAGGAGCAGGACGCGGUGAACACCUCCACCAACCCAGAGCCGCCCCCUCCCUCACCCAAGGUGAAGGCGGAGGAGCUCGCAGCCGAGCCCGGCCGGCCCCCUCCCGUACCGGAGAAGGGGCCCAAGCAGGAGGCCGCCGACGCCCACUCGGGCCCGAAGAUCCCCACCGGCCCCUUCUUCCCGGUGUUGAGCAAAGACGAGAGCACCACCCUGCAGUGGCCGUCGGAGCUGCUGGAGUUCACCAAGGCGCUGCCCUCCCUGUCCUACAGCUGCAAUCCGCUUUAUUUUGACUUCAAGCUUUCCCGGAACAAAGGAGCGCGUGGUGGGAAAGCUGCGAAGUCCGCAAAACCAUGCGAGGAGGCGGCGGUGAAGGGUGCCGAGGCGGCGCCCCCAACUGCCGACGGGGAGUCGACGCCGGCCCGCCCGGGGCCCAGCGCGGACAAGGAGCAACCCGCGGCGAAGGGGGACGGCGCGCAGGCGGAGGGUGACGAGCCGGCCACGGCGGUCGACGGCAGCGCCGCCGUGGCCGCCGCCAAGAAGAAGAAGAAAAAGAAGAAGCACAAGAAAUCCGGCAAGCAUUCCAAACACAAGGAGAAGGGCGCGGCGGAGGACGGGGCGGCUGAGGCCGACGUCGCCGGGCAGAAACCCAAGAAGAAGAAGAAACACAAACGGAAGAAGAGCCGCAACAAGGUGGAGGACAAGGAGGAGGACGCGGCGGCCAAGGACAAGGAGCCCAAGCCCAAGCCCAAAGCGGAGGACAAGGCGGUCGCCGCCUCUGUCCCCCCGCCGCUCGCCACAGCAGCCCCCGCCGGCCCCUCCGGGACGGAGCCCGGCAAGAGGAAGCGUCCCGCCAAGGAGGCCCCCGCGAAGCCGUCCGCAGUGGAGGAGGAGGGCGGCUCCGGCAAGGCCCCCGACGCCAAGGCCGGCGGCCCCGAGGAGCACAACGGCACCAAGAGGCAGAAGACGGACCCCGCCGCCCCCCCGAGCACCUCGUGUGCGGCGGCGGCCCAGAAGAGCACGGGCCCCGGGCGGCCCCCCAGCAGCGAGAGCGAGGACGAGGGCGGCGCCAAGCGGCCCCGCCACCACCGCUCCAGCCCCCGGGAGCAGCGGCCCCACCGCAGCCAGGACUCGGGCCGCUCCCGCAGCCGCUCCUCCCGGCGUGACGGGGAGCGGCGGAGCGGAGGGGGCGGCGGCGGCGGGGGCCGGCGGCGCCCGCACGGCCAGGCGUCCCGCAGCCGCUCCUACUCCAGCAGCUCGGACCGCAGCUCGGCGGCCAGCAGCGGCUACAGCCACCGCAGCCGUAGCUACUCGGACAGCUACAGCGGCUACAGCACGGGCGGCCGGCGCCGCCACCGGCGCUCCAAGCGCUCGUCAGACUCUGAGUACGAGCGCCGCGGCGGCGGCCACCGGCGCUCCCACCGGCGCCACUACUCCACCUCGUCCUCGGACGACUCGCGCUCGCGCUCCCGCAGCCACGGUGCCCGCCGGAAGAGGCGGGGCCGGCCGCGGGCCAAGCGCAGCAGCUCGCGCAGCUCCAGCAGCCGGAGCCGCAGCAGCAGCAGCAGCGCCCGCUCCUGGCGCCGCAGCUACAGCCGCAGCCGCAGCUCGGCCAGCCGCUCCUCGGGCUUCUCCGCCAAGGCCUCGCCGCGGCGCGGCGGGGCCCGGAGCCGCGCCCAGAGCGCAGAGCGCCGCCGCGACUUCAACCGCUCACGCAUCUACCGCUCGCAGUCGCCCCGCUCGGCGCGCGCGGCCGGCCGCAGCGGGCACGCGCCGUCGGCCUUGCAGGGCCCCCACCGCACGGGGCCGUCCCGGGACGCCGGGGACCAGAGGAACUCCCUCACGGCCCGGCAGCUCCUGGAGAAGGUGCAGUCCAAGAGGGGCGGCGACGACCCCCCCGCGGGGAGCAAGGCCGGCGGGAAGAUCAAGGACCCCCCGCAGGGCUACUUCGGUCCCAAGCUGCCCCCCUCGGCAGGGGGCAAAGCCAUGCUGCCCCUGUUCGGCAAGCUCCAGUCGGGGAAGAGGCCCGCCAUCAUCCCCCUCAUCAGGCCCGGCGACGCCGACAAGCCGCCGGGGGCGAAGGCCCCGGAGGCCGAGAGAGAGGUCAUACUGGUGGAGCCCAUCAGGGAGUUCCCCCCUCCGCCCCCACCGCCCGCAGCCCCCGUAAAGAAGGCGGAGGUCCCCGUGAGCUCUGCGGUGGCGCCGGAGGAGACGCCGCGGCCCUGCGCCGACCCCCAGCUCCUCCUCGACGCCCAGCCCGCGUUCGAGCAGGAGGCCAUCCCGCUGAUGGCGCACUACCCGGGGGAGCCGGGCCAGGACAUGCCCCAGGGCGCCAUGCUGGAGCCGCUCCUGGCCGACAUGCCGCCGCCGCAGCAGCAGCAGCACCCCCCGAUGCAGCACGGCUACCCCUCCUACCCUCCCCCCAGCCUGGAGGACGAGUGCAUGGACCCCGAGGAGGACGGCCUGGCCCCCCUGGAGAGCCAGCCCAUCACCUUCACCCCCGAGGAGAUGGAGAAGUACGGCAAGCUGCAGCAGGCGGCGCAGCAGCACAUCCAGCAGCAGCUGAUGGCCAAGCAGGUCAAGACGUUCCCCUCGGCGGCGGCCGCGGCGGCGGCGGCUGCGGCGGCGGCGGCCAGCAUGCAGCCGGCCCCGCAGCAGAUGCAGCAGAUCCACAUCCAGCAGCCGGCCGUGUCGAUGGCCUCGGCCACCUCCAUCACCACGGUGCAGCACGCCAUACUGCAGCACCACGCCGCCGCCAUGGGGCUCCACCCCGCGCACGCCCACCACGCCCACCACGCUCACCACGCCCACCCCGCCCACCCCCAGCUGGCCCAGGUGCACCACAUCCCCCAGCACCACCUCACGCCCAUCUCACUGUCCCACCUGGGCCACUCUCUGGGCCACUCCCUGCAGCACUCUCUGGGUCACACCCUGGGACACUCUCUGGGACACUCGAUAGGGCACGGCCUGAUCCCCGCCCACCACACGGCCUUCCUCUCCGGCCAGCCCAUACACAUCAUCCCCGCCUCGGCGCUCCACCACACGCCCAUGGCCCUGCACCACAUGCCCCACGCCGCCCUCUACCCCACCCUCUUCGCCCCCCGGUCCUCGCAGGCCGCGGCAGCUGCCGCCCUCCAGCUCCACCCUCUACUCCACCCGAUAUUCUCAGGGCAGGACCUACAACACCCUCCUAACCACGGCUCGUGAGGAAAGAGGUGACGGUGGAUUUUGGGUGGGGGAGAUGAAAUGAAGGUAACGCACCUGACGAGGGUGGGGGGGGGGGGAAGGAGGGAUUGAGCUGAGAGGUCCGGGGUGGGGGGACCCCCUCCGAUGUGAGGGUGGCGGCCCACCGGCGGCUGGUGCUCGGUACAAACCACCACCUGGAUCGAGGUGCACUGCGCAGCCAGACAGCGGUUUACGCAUCGUUAAAAAGGGUCAAAAUGAACACUAUUACAUGCUUCUGGCUGCAAAGAUCAUUUCUAUUCACGGUAAUGGCAACACUUUACCCCGUUAUGUUUUUACACUGGGUGCUCUAAACGUGGACUCUAGGGUAUAUUUGGACAAGCUUGUUUAUUAAUGUUGAAACAUACGUGAAAGGAACCACUGGAGUAUUUCGUUUUUUUUUCCUCAAACCGUUAAAAGAAUGAUUGUCGUUUUACAAUGCUGUUAACCAUUUCCUACAGCCUAAAAUAAGAGUGGCCCGCAAUGGCUGAGGCGAUUCAGCAGAAUCAUGUUGUAGGGAAAGAUCGAGAUCAGCACAAAGCGUAGGAAGACUGGGAAGAUGCCGCUUCUGUAAUGUACCCCGAUGUCUCUAGCGAGCCGUGACUUAGCGUCUACUGGAUAUUGAGUUAUGUUGCAGCAAGUCAACCUGGUUUAUAUAUUGGGCCACCCGGAGGGGCUGUCUAGCUAAAUAACAAUUGCUAAAAGUUAAGUUGUAAAUAAAAUCGGUGUGUAAUGUGAAAAAAAAGAAAAUCCCACCAAUAUGACGCCCGUAAUAACUUUUAUGCAGUGGUGCCCAUGUUGGUCUGAGUUGUCACAUGAAUGAGUAAUUGUUUGUUUUUUUUCUGAAUUAAUUGAGGAAAUAACCUUUCUAGGUAGUCCCCCUACCACCCUGGUUGCUGGGAGAUGAAGGUCCUUUUCCCAGGGCCCAUAGGAGGCGAUGGUGGUUGGGGAAGGGGCGGGGGGGGGGACACCUGACUUGCACUGACAUCUGUACGUCAAGAUGCUCCUUUUUGCAUCAUGUAACAAUGAUUGUAGUAUACUGCAAUAAUUGUAUUUUUCUUGUUUUUAAGUUAUUUUCCAAAAAUGCUCUUUAAAAGAUAAAAAGGCUCAGUUUAGCUUUUUGUGUAAUUUUGUAAAUACAAUUGCUGCAUUUAAAACAUUAACAUUCUAGGGAGUAGGAGCUACUAUUGGAAAGGCAGGGUGAUAAACAACAUUGAAGAAUGGACACAUGCAUGUGUAAUUUAUUUAGGUAUUUUCCAAACUCUUUGCUAAGGCCGGCGAUGUCGAAGGAUACCGAUUUGUAAAACAGUAGCGAGGUUUUGUUUUUUUAAUCUUACGCUUGUGCAAAUAAAAUCUUUUUUGAGUUUCGUUGUUUGUAUGUUUCUAGUUUGCCAACCGCAAAACUUCAUACAAAAAAGAUCAAAACUAAAGCGUAAACAAACAAUAGCACAAGUGUGUCACAGGUAAUUCUCCCAAUUGAAGGCACAAAGGGUUGAUUUAAAACAAAUCUCUAGGUGGCGCCAGAAAGCCAGGUUUCACAUGGGAUGAAGUAAAGUGGCAAGUUUGUUGUAGUCUAGUGGUGAGCUGCCUUUAGCAAAUGUAGAUUUGUUGAAUGGCAGUUGUGCAUUUUUCUAAAAUCAUGUUUACAACAAUCACAGGUACACUAAUUCUUUAUUCAAAUAACCGCUAAAACACUGACUCAGUGAGAUUGGACCCAAAUGUGAAUCCUACGGUUACUAAGUAUCAACAACAGUAUUGUAUUAGGUGACAAAAGGUCCCUGUAACCAGCAUAGUUUGACUGGUCCAUCGUAAUCCUCAUUGAUCAAACAUUUUGAAAUUGGGAGACCUAUUUUAAGUAUGAUCACUUUAAAAGCAUUCCCCCAAAGUCCUGUUUCUCCAGUUCCAUCGUCGGUGGCACAAGUAUUAAAAAGACAACAGAAUGGAUGCUUGAUAAGAUAUUAAAAGAUAAGACGGCAAACAGAAAGAAAUACUCUACAUCUAAAUCUGUUGGAUUUCAGGUUCAGGUUGAGCUAAAUAUUAUGGCUAAAUCAACCAUGGAGGUCAUUGACCCAAAGUUAAAUCAACGUCCUCUUGGGGUGAAAUUAAAUACUUGAUGCAAUACCUAAGCUGUCUUACAAUAUCACCAAGUACUAAGAGUCAACAUUGAAAACCGAUACCACAAUCAUUGAAAAAAGAAAAACGUGGUGAUUUUGAUCCUUGUCCACAGAAAACACCAAACGGUGCUUCCAUCUUUGUUUCUUCACAUAUCAGGAGGGCUGUGGUGCAAACCUGUCCCCAGAAAUAACCUAAGCGUCUCAAACGCCUCCCCUUCGGAGUGUGGCUGUGUGCUCAGCCGAGGUAUCUGAUGACCAGGAAGAUGAUGACACAGGUGAGCAACAUGCCUCCGAUCAUGAUGAGCUUAUCCUGCGUGGCCCUCCUCUCGAUCAGCCUCAUCACCGUGUUGGACAGCCCCAGCAUGUUGGCCACGUCCAGCAUCUUCUUAUGGGUACCCUGUGUGGCGCAUUAGGACGGUUUGACAGUUAAAAGCCUGGACAGUACUAGUUAAACCAAUGCAUUAUAAUUACCGAUAGCAAUUUUGUCAAGACGCUUUUGUCCAAAGUGAAAGGAGACCUGUAAUUAAAGAGCCGGUAGGUGCUCGGGUAUAUCUUGCUCAAAGAUGCCCACAGGCCAGGCUGUGGAAGGUGAACGUCAAACCCAGUACCCGACAGCUGGGAGUCAACCACUAGAGUCUAGAAACAAUAAUAACCUGCGCACAAAGAUAUAUUAACAGUUAACUUCUAGAAAAUACCCUCCCUUUCUCUCUGCCCAGCUUUGGCUACUGGAUGUGGGGAAAUGCAGUCUCUUUUUUUUUUUUCCCACGGCCUCCAGGCCAGACCAUAUGACCAGCCAGGUCAGGCGGGCUGAUCACCGAGGCAACACCCUGAUAAGAGAGGGGCCGACUCAAACCCAGGAAGAGCUUGUCCUCCCUGCAGAACACAGACUCACCCUGAUGGGCACACUUAGGCCCAAUC